AUGGCUUCAAUUGAUCGCUACGAGCUUCUCAAGCUAUUUCCCCUAUGCCUAAAUCAAGUGCUACUCGUUCGGAAUAGCGAGUGGCACGACAGCACGUCGGAUGUCGUGAAUCUUGUACUAAAACAUUUCGCCUUCGAGGGCGACGACAUCUUCGUGCAGCCUAUAAAAGCUCCUCCUUUCAAGGAGGAGGGUACAAUCCAACUCCAAGGAGUACUCAAUCUACCCUCCCCGUACGUAUUCACGAUUCCGUACCGAUCUCGAAACAAUGUUGUCGUUUUUCUACUGCGAAAAGGUACGCCCUGCCGUAUGGAUCUACGCUUCCGCACCGGCCUUGAGACAAUCGCCCUCGAAGGUAACGCUUGGGAGAAGCUCGCCAACCCCACCGUCGCCCAGGGCACGACGGCUUUCCCCCUAGAAGCCGGCCGACCAGCAACGGCUCGGCAUGCAAGCCAACGCUGGGGGACGACGUACCCUCGUCCAUCAGGAACUGGAGGAAAGAACAACGGCGGCACUAAGAAGGAUGUCAAGGCGAGCCUGGAGGAGGCCACUGGCAAGACGUCUUCCGGAAGUUAUGUUGAUCUGUUAGAAGCUGAGACAUCGGCGGAGCAUACGCGGCUAGCGUCGACGGGCCCUCUUGCUCUCCUUCCCACCAUAGUCACCCCCGCUCGCCGCGUUCUUGAGCGUCUACAUGAGAGCAAAUCGCGAGGAACAUUCGCUUUCAGAAGGAAUUAA